UCAGCUGUCCCACUGUUUUCUUUCCUGUUAGAUCUUGCCUGUGGAAUGUGGACUAGAAACUUAGCUGGGGCAUGUGCCUUUACCUGGCCUGCAAGCCCAUGCUGUGCGGCCUCUCAGCACGCUGGCUCUGUCCCCAGUGCUAAAGAGAAGUUACAUAACAUAAGGAGCUGGGUGGUCCUCUCUGUUUUCAUUGUGUGUUUGAAUUAGGAUUUAUUCCUUAAGGCCCUCCUGAUGUGAGCUGUCUGGACUUGAGUGUUGUCCCGUGAGAAACCAGGGUGCAUUUUUGAUUACCCCUUGCUAUCCCUCCCUGUCAAGCUGAGUAGAUAUGGCUCCCUGGGAGACCUGCAUAAGGAACUGCUGAUAGUCCUGUCUUUGCCCCCCCCCCCCCCCUCCUCAGUUGCUGUGAGGAAUUGAGAUACUUUCUGGAGUGCACAUGUUUGUUCCAAGCUUAUGGAAACCUUAAGAGAUUCUGUUAUCUAUUUCACCUUUCAGAUGUCUACUUACAAGAGAGCGACACUGGAUGAAGAAGACCUGGUGGACUCCCUCAGUGAGGGAGAGGUGUAUCCGAAUGGGCUGCAGGUCAGCCUGCGUGGUGCACGGCACAAGAAUAGCUGCUGGACGGAGAGGACACACUUGGAGAAGCGAUUUCUGGUGGUAAUAGCCGUUCUUGGCAUCGGGCUGUUGGCGUGUUUGCUCACCUUGGGACUUCAUUACAGAAAACAGAAUCAGAUCUGCCUUACAGAAUCCUGCAUCUCUGUCACCAGCACUAUCCUGCGUUCCCUGGACCGCUCUGUAGAUCCAUGCCAGGAUUUUUACGGCUAUGCCUGUGGUGGAUGGAUCAAAGCCAACCCUGUCCCCGAUGGCCACUCUCGCUGGGGCACCUUUAAUGAACUCUGGGAGCACAACCAAGCCAUCAUGAAACACUUGCUGGAAAAUACCACGAUGAACAUCAGCAGCGCAGCUGAGCGUAAAGCGCAGCAAUACUAUCAAGCUUGCUUAAAUGAGACCAAAAUAGAAGAGUUGGGUUCCAAACCGCUGCAAAACUUGAUAGAAAAGAUUGGUGGUUGGAACAUCACUGGCCCAUGGGACAAAGACAACUUUCAGGAGACUCUACAGUUGGUGACUGCUAAUUAUCGGACCUCUCCCUUCUUUUCCAUUUUUGUGAGCGCGGACUCCAAAAACUCCAACAGCAAUGUUAUCCAGAUUGACCAGUCUGGAUUGGGGUUACCAUCAAGAAACUACUAUCUGAAUAAAACUGAAAAUGAGAAAGUGCUUACAGCCUAUCUGAACUUUAUGGUUCAGUUGGGAGUCUUGCUGGGGGGUGAAGAGAAGAGCACUAGAGAGCAGAUGCAGGAAGUCCUGGACUUUGAAACUGCUUUGGCCAACAUAACCAUCCCCCAGGAGAAACGCAGAGAUGAAGAGCUCAUUUACCAUAAAAUGACAGCCGGAGAGCUAAAGAGCCUGGUGCCCGCAGUUGACUGGAUGCCUUUCCUUCGCAUGGUCUUCCAUUUAGUGGAGCUUAAUGAAUCUGAACCUGUGGUGGUAUAUGCCAAAGAGUAUCUGAUAGAGGUGUCUGCUCUGAUUAAUGCCACUGACAAGAGAAUACUCAAUAAUUAUAUUAUGUGGAACCUUGUGAAGAAGACGGGCACGUUCCUGGACCAGAGAUUUCAGGAUGCAGAGGAGAAGUUCAUGGAAGUUAUGUAUGGCACAAAGAAGACUUGUCUCCCACGCUGGAAGUUCUGCAUUAGUGACACCGAUAACAACCUUGGCUUUGCCCUGGGAGCUCUGUUCGUAAAGGCAACCUUUGCAGAAGGAAGUAAAACCAGGGCUCUGCAAAUGAUACGGGAGAUAAAAACGGCUUUCGAACAAAGCUUAAGCAGCAUAAACUGGAUGGAUGAGGAAACUCGCCAGGCUGCCAAAGAGAAGGCUGAAGCAAUUUACGAUAUGAUUGGAUACCCCAACUUCAUUAUGGAUCCAAAGGAGCUAGACAAGGUGUUUAGUGAUUAUGAUGUGACUCCUGGUCAAUAUUUUGAAAAUGUCAUGAUGUUUUACAACUUCUCAGCCCAAGUAACGGCUGACCAGCUGCGGAAGGCACCAAACAAAGACCAGUGGAGUAUGACGCCCCCUACAGUAAAUGCUUAUUAUUCACCCACCAAGAAUGAGAUUGUUUUCCCAGCAGGGAUCCUGCAAGCUCCCUUCUAUACCAGCUCUUCUCCCACAGCGUUGAACUUUGGAGGAAUUGGAGUAGUUAUGGGACAUGAGCUGACACAUGCAUUUGAUGAUCAAGGCCGAGAGUAUGACAAAGAUGGGAACCUUCGCCCCUGGUGGAAUAAUUCCUCUGUGGAAGCCUUCAAAAAGCAGACUGAGUGCAUUACACAACAGUAUGAGAACUAUACCGUGAAUGGGGAGUCUCUGAAUGGCAAACACACCCUGGGGGAAAACAUUGCAGACAACGGGGGACUCAAAGCUGCUUAUCGGGCGUACCAAAACUGGGUGAGAAAAAAUGGGGAGGAACAGGUGCUGCCGUCUCUUGGACUUACCAAUGACCAACUUUUCUUUGUAGGCUUUGCCCAGGUUUGGUGCUCCGUACGCACAGCAGAAAGCUCCCAUGAAGGCAUAAUCACUGACCCACACAGUCCUAGCCGAUUUCGUGUCAUUGGUUCAGUUUCCAACUCAGAAGAGUUCUCCAAUCAUUUCCAAUGUCCUGUAGGUUCACCAAUGAAUCCAGUGCACAAGUGUGAAGUCUGGUGAAACUGCCCCAGCCACUGCUAGGGGGAAAUAGGGUUGUAACCACUCUGGCGGGGUCGUGGUAGUGUCCUGGACCCUUUUUAAUACUGCAGAUUUCUAGCUGUGUGACUUUUUUUUUUUUUUUUUUUUUUUCUUUCUUACCUGAGGUCUGCUGUAAAGAUUUCUAUAAAGGAAAAUUCGAACGCAAAUAAUUGCAUGCUAUAAAUUGUAAGUGUGUGGAGUUUUAUCAUUACUGAACCAAGAUAACUGAUCUCCCUCAAAGGGAAUUAGCACUGAGGCAAACAAAGUCCCACUCAAGAGCUGCAAGCGUUACGGCUCCAGAACACAACCGCUGAGACUUGCCAAUCGGCUAUGUUCUACUUGGGAGAUACAAAGCUUAUGCUUCCUGAGCGGGAGUUUUACCUAUGUGUUUUGCACAGGGGAUGAAUAAUGUUCUCUAUGGUCAGUGAUGCAAAAAUGCCAUGUUCUAAGGAAUUAGCGUAUGUAAUGUUAGAUUGUUCCUUAAGUUUCUCAGCAGACUGCAUCUUGCACUAGUAUGUAGACAAUCCUAUUUACUGUCAAUUUCACUCUUAGUAACAGAUAACCAGUGAGACUUCUUUAUGGUGAACCAAGUCUUGAUCUUGGACUCGAAGCGUUGCCUUAUGGUUUUGCUAGGUUUCAAAAGUGUGGGGCCAUCGUGUAUAGUUUUUUUUGUAAUACUACUUUACGAUAAUCUUCUUUCAACAAAUACAUUUCAUGGUUUCAUCACCUUCACCUGCUCUGGAGUCUGCGUAUCAGUUCGCUACACUUCUACACUCUACUUUUUCUGACCCCUCCAUUCUAAACUGCCUAAAUGGAUACAAUAUUUUUCAUUAUAGUUCCUUUUGUAUAUAUUAUAUACAUGUGUAUAUAAAAAGUGAUAUUUGUACAUAUUUAUACCAUGUCUGGAUGUCUGAUUUAAAAAGUAUAUUUUUUAUUUUUCUGUGCCUGAUAAAUGUCAUUGGAAAAGGGAGAAUUAUAAUGUAGGAUUUACGCUGCUAGUUGGUAUGACACGGCCUCAGGUGACCGACACAUAAUGUGCCUAAAAAGACAGACACUGUUCCAAUGUAUUUAUAAAUGUAAAAAAUACACCAUGUACACAGAUCACAACUUUGCCUUUUUUGUUGUAUUCAGGUACAGGAUCUGCACUGACCAUAAUGUUCAUGAGCCUGUUAGGGUUACCAUUUCUUGGGGAAUCUGUGUUGAUAGCUGAUUUUGUUUUCAGAUCUCUCAGGAUGGGACAGAGAUAAAAGGGGGGAGGUUAACACUGCCAUAGCACAACUUUUAGCAAUUUUAUCUUUAUGGGUCUUUUCCCCUGUGACAUCUGAGAGAUUAAUGAGAAGUUGUUGGUUGGGCUAUUUUGUAUUUCAGACUGAUGCCUAAUAAACUGAAACCCUUUGCUUUA